CCCUGGGUGCCCAACUUCACUACCGCCCAACUUGCGCCCUCUCUUCAAAAGUUCCUGUGAUGGCACAGCGCGCUGACCCCCGUCUCAUGACCUGCGUGCUGACGUUGUUACAGAAUCGGUAGGAUUGCCAAAUUGGGAGGACUUGUUGGCUUGGGGUGCGCAGCCAAAUCGGGAAGGAGGGGCCGGGGAUCAAUGAGUCAACCCCCUACGGAGUACAUUUUUACCUGAACUUCCGUGGCCGUUCGGGGCCAAGAGUCAGAGGCUCCGCUCCUCACUCUUCCGCCCGCCGGAUCCGCCCGGAGACGCCGUCCCUCUGUGUUGGCGAGUUAUUGCCGGGGCGGCUCGGAUGAGCGAAAAUGGCGAAAGACAACCCGUUUGAGCAAAAUGCCGUCCUCUCCCGGCGGGUUAACUACUUGGUCUCGACAUUCGCCAACCGCUUGCUGCACCAUUCUCGUUUCCAACCGCUUGUGCCGGACAUGGAUUUUAUAUGGAGGUUUGAGUCUCGGCGGAAGCUGUUGAGCCCGUUAGUAACGGCCUUAACCACCUCGCGCUAGCACGAGAGCUUCUGCUCUGUGUUCUCGAAG